CUUUCGAACAAAUACUGGGCGGGAAAACUAGAGUGCACUAUUACUAGCUUAUUUAUUUGGUCGGACCGACUACUGCUCUGUUUUUAGACAGAUUAAGCUCGCUUAUCUGCGCAGAAAAUGAGUAACACUGCUCAGUGAGUAAAUCUUUUUCUGUUGAAGGUUAACGGUGUAGAAAGGUUGCCACUGCUGGGUGGUGUGGGGUGAAGAAGAAACAUGAAGAGCAGUAAGAGUAAGACAUGUAAAGCUCUCUCCUCAGAGCAGGAGUGUGGAGUUUGGCUGGACGCUGAUGAACUAAGGGCGAAGAAACAGAGAAAACUGGCACGACCGAUAUCUAAACUCCUGAAUCCACUGGCUCGGUCCGGAGGCUACAGCGUGGCAGUGGCUCUGAAUUUUACCCAAACCAAGAUGGAAAUGCCUGUGACGAAACAGAGCACCAUCUCCUCAUUCUUUCUUCCACAGAGUAAAAAGGGAAAAGAUGCAGAUGACCGCAGCUCUUCAUGGCCUUCAGGAACGUCUUCUACUCCCCUUCCUGGAGCACAUACGGGGACUAAGCGGAAGCGUGAGCUGAUAUUUGAAUUGGAUUCAGAGCUAGACGACGUAAGCCAACAUUCCUGUCUAAUAGAUUCACAGGAACGUGAUGCAGAUCUCGAGAGGGUGUCAGCUGAAGCCUGUAAUAAUGAUGCUGAGAAUAAAGAGCAGCAAUUUUUACAUUUGAUUUGGGGAUAUCAGUCAGAGGAGGGUGAGCCAGCAGGAAAGAGGAGACCUCCUGAGAAUAUUCAAAUCGAAAAGACACAGCAAUAUUCUCAUGAGACCUUUCAGACGCUUAGGAGCGUUUGUGGAGAGAACGACAAUGGUUCCUCAGCUUCUCCCUCUACUGAAGAUGUGUAUACUCAGGAGCUGUUAAAAGACCAAAGUGUAACAGAAGAGAACGCUUCGUUUUUAGCUCCGAGCUCAGCCACAGAGGUCCGAAACACACCGAGAGGUCUCGUAAGGUCCGCUAAAGAGCCAGAGCUAUUCGAGCGGAGGCAUCCGUGGUCACCUUUGAAGAGAGAGGAUAAAGAAAAUCGCAGACCCACAUCACCGAGACACAGUGCCGCACUUUCACCUUUUAAGCAGCGCGUGUGCUCCAGCCCAGCAAAACGUUCUUCAGAUUUGAAUAGAAAACUUCAUCGGACCCCUAAGAAGUCAAUCGGGGCUGCUCAGGAGAACGACGAAGACUCAUUCGGCAUGUUGUUCACUCAGGACUCUGAAGGCUUUCGGGUGAUCGCCCAUCGCAGCAAACGCUCCCGAUGCCCACUGAAGGACCAAACGAAUUCCCGUGAGGGCAGAGAGUAUGUGAGCAUCCCGUCUGUAAGGCCUGUGGAAACGGAGGAGAACUCGGAUCCGGACCCGGAGAUGCUUUUCACGCAGGACUCUCAGGGAAAUACAGUCAUUAAACAUUUAAAUAUGGUCUAGGAUUUGGUCUAAAGCUUUACUUUUCAGGCAUUUUGAAAGGAUUUUCCGUAAACAAGUUGUUUUCCAGGUAGAUAUACUGUGUAUGUGUUGGUGGUUGGGCCCCUGAACAACAGUCUUCUAUACCACCGUUGUAAAUUUUACUUUUGUUUACAGCAAAUGUUUGUCAUAAAGGUAUCACUAGUGAGGUAGUGGUAAAGUAUAUAUCCCCCAGAUUCCCCCCCCCCCCCAAAACAUCCAUUUAAAAGAAAAAAAAAAGAAUACGAGUAAAACUGAUCGCUGUUGCAGAGUGCCAUUCUUCACCUUUGGAAAAUGUCAUGAGAUUCAAGAUGCUUGUAAAAUGAUUCAAUAUAAGGGGGGAAAUGAAAGAAGGAUAUCUGAUCUUUUUUUGUUUGUGCCAAAUUAUAUUAUUUGUAUGUUGGUUUAUUGUAUACUGUAAAUGCUCUGCUGUUGAUUUGCAACUAUCUUAUUUGACCACUAGAUGGCACAAAUGGUUUCUAAAAAAAAAAAAAAAAAAAGUGGAUCAAUUGAGUUUCAUCCAAAUGGAGUGCUUAAUUCACUCUAUCUGUAUUUUAGAAGUGGCUAAGUGUACGGUGUUUAGUGAUUUACUUGUCCCUCUUGAAGGAAACAUGACUGUACUGUUUUCUUCGUGAUAAAGAACAACCUUAUCUC